AUGGCAAGCAACACCAAACGUCUCUUCGAGCCUAUAACCCUCGGCCAUCAAGUCAAUCUACGGCAUCGAGUCGUCAUGGCACCUUUAACUCGAUUCCGUGCAGAUAAGGAUCACGUUCAUCAUCAAGUAGCAGUCAUUUAUUAUGGACAGAGAGCGAGCGUUCCUGGGACGUUUAUCAUUUCUGAGGGAACCAUCAUUAGCGAGAAGUUUGGUGGAUUCGAUAACGUCCCGGGUAUUUGGAACGAUGUGCAGGUCGAGGCUUGGCGGAAGAUCACGGAUGAAGUUCACUCGAAAGGAUCGUUCAUUUACUGCCAGCUCUGGACCCUUGGAAGGGCGGCUAGUCCUAGAUCUCUCGCUAAAACUGGGCACGACCUCACUGGGAAGAAGGAGGCUCCUACCCCUCGUGAGCUAAGGCUAGAGGAAAUCGAGGAGCUUAUCAAAGAUUACGUCAAGGCUGCUGAGAAUGCGAUAGAAGCCGGAUUCGAUGGAGUUGAGAUUCAUGCGGCUAAUGGAUAUCUUUUGAACCAAUUCUUGGAUGAAACCGCUAAUCAUCGUAAGGAUAAAUACGGAGGGUCGUCGAUCGAGAAUAGAACACGUAUCGUGAAGGAGGUCAUCGAUGCUGUUGGCGAUGCUAUCGGUGCGGAGCGAACUGCUAUCAGGUUCAGUCCUUGGACCGAUUACAACGGUAUCGAGAUCGCAGAACCCAUCCCCAUCUAUACCCACAUCAUCGAACACCUACUCAAACACCCACUCGCAUACAUCCACUUUGUCGAACCUCGUGUCUCAGGUGACGGAGAUUCGGUGAAGGAAUUUGGAGGACACGAGACCAACGUCCCCCUCAUCCAAGCAUGGAAGAAGAACAAGAACAAGAAGAACAAAGACUCAGGCUCCGAGUCUUCGAACGACAUUGGCAAAGAUCGAGUCGUCAUCAUCGCAGGAGGAUUCUCGAACGAUACUGAGAAGAGCGUAGAAAUCGCUGAAGAAUUCGGUGCGGCGGCGGUUGCGUUUGGACGUGCAUUCGUAGCGAACCCCGAUCUUCCAAAGCGUUUGAAAGAGGGUAUCUCUCUUAACAAAUAUAACCGCAAGACGUUCUAUCUGCCAGGACCUGAUAAGAGUGAAGGCUAUAUCGAUUACCCAUUUGCGGCGGACGUACAAUCGAACUUGUAA